GACGUAGAUUAAGGCAUACCGGAAAGACAAAACGCCGAUAUCGACAUACUCUCGUUUAUUUGCAAUAUGUGACGCGCGUGUCGGCAGGUGUGAACAAAAGCGCUCGAAGCUGCUGCUUUUGCAAAUGGGAAAAGGGAAUUCUGCCACAUCAGACAGUGGACUGAUCCCACAGAAUAGUGGAACGCAAUUAAAGCACAGCUACCCGAAACAAAUGCAUCGAUUUCUGUCAACAGCAGCUAAUAAGACUGACGGCGGUUUAUUUCGUCCGUUCCUUUUUUUUUUCCUCAGUGCUCUUUAGCUUUCCAAGAACAGUCUCUAGCACGCGCGUCAGGCAUGACGCCAUAAACUCUACGCGUGACGCACUCAAUGCGGCAGCUUUCUUAUUUUUUUCACUGCGCGAAGCGGAAUGGUAAGUCGCGACCCGCGCCUCGCACGGCGGCCGCUAGGGCUGCGCGGGUUAAAAAAAAAUUAAAAUAAAAAAAACAACCGAGAUGUCCAUGCGCGCGCCGCGCGCGGCGGUGCGCAGCGGACUCAAAACAAACAUGGCGCUCGGUGCUGGCGUGAAGCGUCAUUUUCCGAUGCGCAAAGUGGACGAUGUUGUCGAGUUCUUUCGAGCGCAGCUCGAGAGCGACAACGAGCCGGACCUGGCGUUGCUGUCCAUCGUGAUCGGGUACAUCGAGAACCUGCUGACAUUCCACCGCAACGUCGGCGUCGAACCGGCGUCAGGCGGCGAUCAGCGGCAGCCGUGCUUCCCCGUCGUCGAGAUCGGUCCCAUUGAAGCGCUGCAUGCCAAGUUCGCCUGUCAGAUCAAGGGAUCGCUCGACCUGAGCGCCAUCGAAACGGACUCUCCGGCCGGUCUGCGUGAUCUCAUCAAGCGAGUGUCGGACGCGAUCUGGUCGUCUCUUACGAGGAGUUACUACAAGGAUCGGCCUCACCUCCAGUCUCUCUACAGUUAUCUCACCGGAAACAAGCUGGACUGCUUUGGUGUGGCCUUUGCUGUAGUAGCUGCUUGCCAGGCAAUGGGGUUCCCGGAUGUCCACCUGGCCCUGUCGGAGGACCACGCAUGGGUCAUAUUUGAAGAGCGUGAAGAGACAGCUGAGGUCACUUGGCACGGCAAAGGCAACGAGGACAGGCGAGGCCAGCCCAUACCGCAGGACAAGAGCUGGCUGUACCUCAAUGGCCACGCCAUUCCGUGCACACGGGCGACCGAGGUGGCCGCGCUCGUCUCCGCCAUCAACCCCACCAUCACGCCCACCACAGACAGCACCGAGCUUGUCAACCUCCAACAGCAACUGCUAUGGCUCCUGUACGACAAGGGCCACCUCCGGAAUUACCCGAUGGCGCUGGGGAACCUCGGAGAGCUGGAAGGUCUGUUUCCAACGCCGGGUCGGCCUCCGCCACAGGACCUGUUUGCAGAAGCCGUUCAUGCGUCGCGCACAUACUACCAGAACCACCAUGUUUACCCCUACACCUACCUGGGCGGCUUCCUGUUCCGCAGCGGGCGCCUCAAAGAGGCGUUGCGUGCGUGGGCAGAUGCGGCUGAUGUUAUUCGAAAGUUCAACUACGGCCGUGAGGACGAGGAAAUCUACAAGGAGUUCAUGGAGAUUGCCAAUGAGCUGGUGCCGCAGCUGGUCAAGCUCAGCAGCACGGGGGACGGCUCGCUUCUGCAGGAUCCGAGCUGCUUCGCACACUUGCUGCGCUUCUACGACGGCCUGUGCGCCUGGGAAGAAGGUUCAGCCACGCCCGUGCUCCACAUUGGCUGGGCGCGACCACUUGUCGGGACCAUCGCCAAGUUUCCAGCGUCGGUGAGGGCAGCGGUGUCGGUGCACGCCUCGACAGGAGACGAGGGCGAGGAAGUGGAACACAAGAACCACAAGGAUGCGCCGCCCUCGGUCUCUAAGGAAGACUCCAAAAAAGGCAGCGAGACGUCAUCACAAGACAGCCUCAUGGCUGAUGGCAAGGAGCCGAAGGAGGAGGACUUCCUCAAGAGCCUGGAGAACCAGCUGGGACAGAGCAACGGCCCGCCUCACCCCGAUAUCGUCGCCCUGGCUGCGGCAUGCGCCGAGAACAUCCUCAACCCCGACUACCUCUUGGGCUGCGGGGAGCCCUUCUCAACCAAAAACGGCAACAACGGGCUUUCCGCCCUGAAAGCCUCAGAGUCGGACUUUAUGGUCGGCGACCUCUUUGACCCCAAGGUCAAUGGCCACACGAGCACCGAUGACCUCAUUCGGGCUGUUCAGCAGGAGGCCAACAACAACAACAGCUUCAGCUUCGACGAUGACGACCUAGAUCUGGAUGAGGCAAAGGCAGCGCUUACUGCGAAGCCGGAGAAGUCAGGAAGCCGGAGUAGUGGCGAUGGUGGUGCGGCGACAGUCACGCUGUCGAGUCAAAAGAUGGCAGGCCUCAAGGAUCUCCUUCUUGCAGAGAAGCUGAACACCUCAGCGAUCCAACUGCAGCUGACGGCUCAGUCACAGGUCCAAGUCGUCAAACGAGGCCAAUCCAAUCCAGCUGGCGGGCCCCACGAAGCCACAACACGACACUCCAAGAGGAUGCGCCGGGAAUAGAAAGCAGGGCCAUCAAACUUCACCAUCGCUGUUGAAACCCCGCUGUGCCGGUUCUGCACUGCUAAGUGAUCGCUUGUCGUCUGCUUGCACUUAGCAUCAUUUGCAGACGUACGCAAUCUCUGUUGGUUUUUAACGGCAGAUUGCUAUCCCCGAAAUUGUAAAAAUUCUUUGGCUUGGCGCUUUGUGCUGCGGCUUGCAGGUGGCCUUUGCUUGAAAUGCUGCGAGUCUGUUUGAGUGCAGGGCGGAGUGCACCAUUUUGUGAAAAGUGUUGUCGCGGCAAUGUGUGAAAUGUUUUAGAUCGAUUUGUUAGGUCAGAAAAGGUGUAGUUGUCGCUUCUUCAUUUUCUUCUUUAUUUUCUUUAUUUCUUUUUCCUUUAUUUUUUUUUGCCGGUGUUGACGCAGCCUUGAGUCACACUGCAAAGUUGUGUUAUUGUUCGUCAGACCAUCACUUUUUUUUAUUGGUCAGUGUUGUUUAGAGGCUGGAGGGAGAAGUGUUUUCAUUUACCUUCCGCCUUCCCCACCCCUCUUUCUUUUUUUGCAUGUACAGACCACAGGUUCAACCAAAGUUGAACUUUGUCAGGGGCACCUUAAACGGCGUUGACGUGGCCAUUAAUUUAUGCACUUUGAUGCCCGGUCGAGGUUCACUUUAUCACUGUCGUAGACAUGUCCUUCUGUUGAACCAGGGCUGGGAUGUCAUUUAAGUGCUCUUGUGUAAAUCGUGAAUGCCCGGUAUGAAGCUUUAAGACUUUUUUUUUAUUACGUUUUUUUGUGUUGUGCGAAUGUAGUCACCUGCAUUUAAGAGAGCACUGCAGCAGCAGUGCUGCUCGGCGGCAUUUGUUUCUCGCACAUUACUUAGACAUCCUUGGUCUCGCAUUGUUUUGAAUGUGGGACGCACAAGACUGGGGGGACCACACUUUCCAUUAUUCAGUGGCGCACAGCUUGUGUAACGCUUAGUCCAGUGUAAUGCCUGUGCCAGAUUGAAGUUCUUGAUAGCGCAGAAUGCUUAUAGAGCGUUCAGUGCUUUUAUCUAUGCCGUGUGGCUUGGGUUGAUAGAAGCUUUAUUACCUAUCUAAAAUUGAAUGGCAAGCCCUAAGGUCGUACGGUGAUGUGUGUUUUUAUUCUUGCAACCUCAAAACAAGGUUUCGCACUUGCCACUACCUUGUGCUCACUGAAAUUUUCAACAAUGUUGCAUUUCUUGAUCCUCAUCGAUCAGUCACACCUUGUAUCCUUGUUUGCUUCGUGCAAACUCUUAGCUGCUGACGCUUAGCAAAACCAAUUAAAAUCUCCGCAGCAGUUCGCUAUUCUCGUGGCGGAAAGCGUAUACAACAGUGUUUUUCACUAAUGCCACAUAAACAAGAUAAGCUAAGAUGCCAAGUGCAUAUUAUUGAACGAUGCGUACCAAAGAAAUGCAGUGUUGUCACAAAAUUUGAGGUAGAACUAAGUAGCGAUAAGGCCCAAGUCUUUUUUUAAAGCUGUUCUAAUGAAUACACAGGUCACUGUAGCUACGCUUGUAGUUGAGAUAGGGAUGGUACUCACAGUAGGCACGCUUUUGGUAUGGUGGAAUUGCCUUUGAGGAAAGAGAUGGCUGUUUGCAACUUUAUUCCUCAUUAACCUUGCGGAGCUUAACUUUACGACAACAUGCGCAGCGACAAGUCAAAUGUCACAGUAUACUUGUGAGGUUUAUAUGUGUAUAUAUGUGUACAUAACUUAUGGUCUUAUCUUUGGUUGACGUCUAGUCGAGCAUGGUCAUUUUGUGUACUUUAGUGUGGGUAAUAUAAUUUCAUUUUCUUCUUUCGGGAGCAAAAAAAAAAAAAAAAACAUGAAUUUCAGAAUUUUACGCCUUGGAAAGUGGGUACAAAAAAUCUUUUUCGAAUUUCUGAAUAUGUUUGGCUUUGCUGGUCUGUCCAAGCAUGGGGGCGUUUGUUUCAUUGAGUUUUCGUUAAUUCCUUAAGUUAAUCGUAGCAUUUCUGUUUUCUUUAUUUGCAUGGUUAUGCAGGCACCCGUGGUACCUUUGGGGUUGGGAGCACUUUGACGCCAUCUCUUUGAUGUAGUUAUAUUGUGAUUUUGCGCCAACACUCCACAUAUUUGCAUGGCGUGGUAUCUUUUAGAAGUGUUGAUUCUCAUUUUUCCAGUCUGUAAUACCACAGUGCUAACUUAUCUCUGUAGCUACCUCCCACGUUGGUGCAUGAUCUUCAGUGCACAGGUAAUGCUCAUGUUGCAGUUUAUUUUCUGUCAGACAAUGGUCAUCAAGCCUUAGGAAGUCUGCAGCGCUUGUGGUGAAAAAGGCAAAAUGCACCGACCUGGUGUGUUCUUCUAUAUUCAAGUUCCAGUCACACAGGCACUUUAAGCAUUUAGAGGAUUUAUAUUGUUUCAUUUCGCACACACAAGAUGGAGGAAAAACGACACUAAUGAAUUCAGCAAAGCACGAGCCACCAACUAACUGUCUGUCUUGUUCUUUUUCAAUAUGUGCUUACUAUAGGCGAUAAUUGAGCUUAAGCUUAAGUAAAAGGUUAAAAAAAGAAGGAAGAUUUUUAAAUGUGACAAUUGAAGGAAAACUUAGGCCAGCAGAGCUGCCUUUCUUUUUACUAGGUUCUUCUCCAAAUUGCACAGGAAGUAGUGGAACGUUUUGAAUGCACCUAAACCAAGUGAUGGAAGGUGAACUUCGUGUGGGUGAGGGAUAAACACUUGCUUUGUAGGAACGUUCGGGUCGAUACAGGUAACUCAGGUUUGCAAACCCCUAAAUUAGGGUUUCCACUUCUGUCACCACAGAAGUGUUGCUGCAAAAAUCUGGCAGGCGACGGUGCUAGGCACCGCAAUGCGAAAAGCAGAUUCAAAUGAAGCGAUGAAGCUGUGAGUAACCUUAUGCAGCUUCGAAGCCCGAUAAUGUAGGUGGCAAUUAUUUUAUAAUGACGAAGCAAAAUAAUCGUAGUACACCAUAUUCAGCAUGCACCGCAGUUAAAUACAUUGGCCAUGAAGAACGGUUAGCAUAAGUGACCGGUGACCGGAGCGGCAGAGUCUCAAAUCGUGCUGCUACUGCGAAGGAAUAGACACACAGUGAGAGUACUGGGCCCUUCCUUGUAUGUGAAGCGUGGGGAAGGUUGCCAGUUACCUACAUCAGCAUUCGAGCGACUGUGCAUAUAUAUAUAUAUAUAUGACAAUCUUUUCAUCUCACAUUUGUUUGAUGGCCAGCCAUUAUUUUUCCCAAACAGCAUCAGGAGCAACUGCCUACCAAAAUAACCUUGUGCAUGAGGAAUGGGAAUGGCCUGGUACUCUUAUUGCUCUAUCCACGUGCCGUCAUGCGGCAUUCAGUAUUGUAGUUUUGCCACGCCGAUCGUCAGUCACUUGAGCGAAUAAUUUUUCGAGAAAGCAUUGUGCGCCUUCACCGAAAUUUCAGCCUAGAAGCUUGGAAAUCAAUACACUCAGUUUUCUAAUUCACUCCAUCUAGUUGGCAGGAGUUCUCUUGACACAAUUUUUUCAAUUGUUUAUCCACCAAAGGCCAGAAUGCUGUUAAAUAGAUGCCGCUGAAAAGAUUGAACCAGUAGCUGUCAACAUCUGCAAUAAACUGUCGCUUGCAAAACUCUACAGGUGGCAACCCUAACUGCGCUAGAAGUGGCGCAAAAUGUGCACCCUGGCAUAGUGGCGUUAGAGAGCCAGAAGAGUGUUGACUCAUUUGAAUUGGGAGAUGCACACUCGAAGUGUCGAAGUUUAUGGUACCGUGUGGAAGUACUCGGAAGUACUAACCUAAGCUUCCGGCCGACUUUUGCAUUAAUAGGGGCCAAGCACACUAACCAGUGCUACACCAAAGAGCUUACUUUCCUCCUUAGGGCCGAUUUUUGUUUCAUAUCACUGUCUCUUGGAGAGCACUAAAUGGAUACAUUAGGGCAAGCUAAUUUCUCUCCAAGGUAUCUGCUGCCCCCCUUUUUUUCAGAUGAAUUAUACACGCAAAGGGCAUGGGGACUCGGGAUAUUACAGUACUUGUGUCCUCUCUAUGGAGUAACAUAGACAGGAAUGCCGACUCUGCUUGUCUGGAAGGGACAGAUCCUGAAGCGCUGGUUGCCAGUUCACAGCGCAUUUGCCAGAUGGCGCUACACGUGAGAGAAAAAUGUGGAGGUGGGCGUGAGGGGGGGGGCUGCUCCAAUCAACCAACGGAGUGGGUAGAGUGUGGGUGCGCGGCUGUGGCAAGCUCAGGCUACUCGGCCAUUGCUAUAGAAACGGCGUUAGGCCAUGCUUAACCAUGCUCCCGAUCCUCUUUGCAUAUUCGUUGUGUCGUCUGCUCAGCGAAUGCUGUAGCACCAGUAGCACGCAUACGUAUUGCAGUUCACGGAGAGGCGUUCGCAGGCGAAACAUUCCUUCACUUUAAUUAAUUUACUCGAAUUAUACCUUACAGGCCCCAUGUUGUGCCUUGAUUAAAUGGAAUUGUGUUAGGUGCAGAAACAAAAAUCAUGGAAAAAUGAAAUAUGAAGGCUAUGCAAGAAAAAAGAAAGUAGAAAAUGGGGGAGCGGCGGAUACAACGGCCGUCUGUGGGGUGUCGAGCUAUGUCAGGAGACAGUGUAAAUAAACUUUUAGGGCAAUGGUGCCUUUUAUUACUGUUUUUGUUUUAGUGUUGUUCAAGUAGACAGAUGCAUCGCUUGCGUCUUUUCCUACGAUGCUUUUUGUGUUGCCCGGUUCUCUCCGUAUCUUGUGGUGGUUCAUGAAGGCAGAAGCUUGACUCUUUCUGUAUGCAGAAAUUGCUCCGGCAAAAGUCAAUUUUGAGUUGCGCUUGAAGAGUUGGUGCUGUCGUCAUUUCGUGCUGUGGGGCUGCUGGGGCCGCUUUCUUCAGCAAAAAUCGUCGUUGCAAGGCAUAUUGAAACCAUGCUCUUCACUGAACAGAUCCCUGUAAACUCCGGGAUGCAAAUCUGAGAAUUACCAUUAUGGCAUGUGCCCGGAUGGGAGAACGAACCUACAGUGUGUGCACUUGUAGACAAAUUGUUGUCCUUCUGCCUUUCUGCAUUGAUGUCUUGUGGUAGCUUUUGGCAUUCAGCAUCAGUGAGUUGCGCCUCGCUUUCUUCGAAAAUUGUAGAAACUGCUUCCUUUCGAAGUUGACCAAAGGACUUUCUUUUCGUUGCCGCACUUGUAAAAAAUAAUGUGCUACUCGAAAUUUGGCGCACGUUUUGUAUUUUGCUUUAGGCAGUCGCAUACUUCCAGGAAUUUUCUGUCACCACUGCUGCAGCAGCUGCGGAUCAGAUGGUGCUGUGAAGAGAGAAAGCUUCUCUUGUUCCUUGCCAUAUCCGGAUUUAUAGCGGGGGCACAAAGCACUUUAUCGGUUACUAUUCUGUUGUUUUGCCUUUUCAAGGACGAGUAUCAACACACCUUGUUCCAUUGGACAUGAUUAAACAUACUGCAUGCAUAGUAAACAAAGUGCUGAACACGAAAAGUAUGUAGCAGACAACCUUCACUUCUGCACAGGUGUUCGGACGUAGAAAACGUGUACAUCUGCUGCGCCUUUUCAAACAACUCUACUUUAGCGCUCACGUCUUAGGUGUCCGUUCCUGCGGUGAGCAUUGGCGUAACCGAGCAGGCGAGCAUAGCAAAAGAGCGAAUGCGGAUCACUGCGUGGCAUGAAAGACAAGGAGGAAAGUGGAGGAGGAGGCUGCGGCGAAACCAGGAGGCGGAAAGCAGAGGAAGGAGGCAUGGCGAAAGGGGGACAAGAAAAGCGUAGUGGGGCAACAAUGGCUACGAGAUGGCACCAGAGCAGCGAGCAUCCCCACGCGCUGGCCCUCGCGAUCUCCACGUUAGCGAGGCAGUCACACUAUGCUUCACUCCAUUUGCAACCUGCUGCUCCGUUCGCAACGUGCUGCACGAGACAGAUUGUCCAUGCCAGCCAAUAUAUAGAGAAAUGAAAACAUGCAUAGAGCUGCGCUCAAAUUUUGCAUUAUGGAGUAUCGUAUUCGUCGGUGAAUUCCUUUAGUCUGCUUUCUGCAGGGACAUGUACAAAUGCUUUCUAUAUGUGCACAAAGAGCAGGGGGCAUGUGUACAUUUGCAUCCUUUUUAUUUGUGUGCACAUAAUCUUGAGUUUCAUCGCUGUUGAAUUGAGAUGGCCAAAGGUCCGAUUGUGCGGUGGUGGAGUCGGCACUACUGUCUGUCUUACUCCAUAGUCCAGUCUUAAGGAAAAGGACAUUCAACCUGUACACUUCUGCUGCCUUAUUGCAGUAGGAGGGCCUAAAUCAGUGAAAGGAAUAACAAAUUUUGCAUUGAAAUCAUAGUGUUGCUAAACCAUUGUGUAUUUUUAACUAACACCUGCUGAGACAGCUUUAAAAGAACAGUGUAGCAGUAUAGCCUAAUCUAGUGCUUGCCUUUAGUGUCGCUUAAAGCAGUACUGACACAACAUUUUGGACUUGUAAUUUUUCCACGUUUUCCAUGCACACAAAACAAACUGGCAAGUGUCAAAGCACCCUGUAUAACUUAAGCUUACUGUAAUGCUUGUUUCUAUAAACCAGUUUCAAUUUGGGGACGCAGGAGGUGGUUGCGUCAUGAUGUGCUAGCCAGCUUCAUUUCUGCAAUUGCUGUAGCUGCCACACGCAUGCGCAACCAUCUUGUUCAUUUGUUUUAUGAGCAAAGCCAUCACACCUUUAUUUCUAAGUGAUGUCAGCAAUCUUUCUCUGCGCCCUGACAUCACGAUAAUGUUGACGACGCUGGGUACAGAAUUUUGAGACCAACGUUGAUGGGAAAUUCUAAAACGGGCAGAACUCAUCAACAAUGACUGCCCAGGCAGUGCGAAUAGCAGUAUAUUGGGAUAAAAAUAUAUUUAUUUUAAACAAUCAGUGAGCGCAAUGUAUGUCCCCAGAACGUUCUGGGAGGAACCUGAACAGAAUGGGACUGCACUAGAGUGGACCUUCGCUUCGACUAGUCUAGAUAUUUUUCUCCACAUAAAUAAUCACUUCUGCAUUCUGAAAUUAAGUCCUACUUCAGCCAACUGACAGAAGUUUACAAGUUCGUUAUUCAGAACUUGGAUGCUAUCGCAUAGUUUUUGCAAAGCACCAGUGCUUCCGGCAGUUCUAUGUGCUUUGUGAGAACGGCUUUUUGUGUGAGCAACGCAUGGUAGAGUGCCCACGACUUCAAGGAUAUGCGUUGGUACUCCUCUAAAUGCUUCCCAUGCAGGCAGACAUUGCUAGCUGCAAAGUACUAGCAAGCUGUGCCAGGUUUCUUGAGCACGCCGUUGUUCCAUACUGCGCUUGAUUUUGAUUUUUUUUAAACAUGGUAUUUCGACAUCGCAGAUGCGGUAGUACUAGCAUUGAGCAGCAUUAGCGUGCGUAGAAAAAAAAAAGCAUUUUGUACUGUUCGUGCCUGCCUGCUGCACAAUUCAAAGCACCUGUUAACAGGCCACAGUUUUUUCACUUUGAAACACGUAGUUAGCACUACUCAUGUAUGAAGAAAACAAAACACUUUUUUUUCUUCAUCACUACCAUACCCGGAUGUGGAAUUUGUCAUAAGACAAGUCACGAAGGCAGUAAUGGCACUAGUGGCAAGUAAUGUGAGAGCAGCAGUGACAGGAUUUUCUGAGGUCACAGUAGCAUGCUUACGAAGUAGUUAUUAAUAGGUUUUAGUUUAUUGUUAAGCCUGCCUUUAUGUUGGAAGAAAAUUUAUCAUUGCUCAUCAAUUUUAAUUGAGUUAAUUGAAGAUGAAUUCAUCAAAUUGAAUGGAACUAAGGCCUAGGACGUGAAAUAAAGAAA